CAAAGACAACACACCAAUGUUUGCCUGCCCUAUCUGAAACGAUAUCUCUCUCCUUGCAGGAACAGUCAUGGCAAACAAAGGUCCCUCCUACGGUCUGAGCCGUGAGGUGCAGAGUAAGAUCGAUAAGAAGUAUGACCAGGAUCUGGAGGAGAGGCUGACUGAGUGGAUCAUCGCCCAGUGUGGAGCCGGAGUUGGCCAACCCGAGGCAGGCAAGACCGGUUGGCAGAACUGGCUCAAGGACGGAUGUGUGAGUGCCUAUCUUUCUCAUACCUUGUGGAUGUGGGGGGAGUGUGUGUGAAGGUAGGUUUGCUUGAAUUUGUCUGCCAGUCUUGCACAGGUAGUGAAUACUUUUCCUCUCUCCCCCUCUCCAGGUGCUGUGUGAGCUGAUCAACAGCCUGUCCAGUGGGAACAAGCCCAUCAGGAAGAUCCAGAGCUCAGGCAUGGCUUUCAAACAGAUGGAGCAGAUCUCCCAGUUCCUCAACGCGGCUGAGAAGUACGGCAUCACCAAGACCGACAUGUUCCAGACAGUCGACCUCUGGGAGGGUAUGUACAUCAAGCCAGCUGCCAUCAGCUGUACCCUCCCACAUUACACUUCAUACACAAAUCACCUCUAUCCUCAGUUCAACUAGCAUGCUAUACAGAGCAUUUGAAAUACUAUUGCUGCUUAUUCACCAUGCCUAAAGUAGCUGCAUUCACUGUUUCUUAGACUAUGCUAUACAGUAGUUGCAGUCCCUCUUACUAAACAAGUGUCUGGAUGUGCAGUAUUAAUGUCUUACUGUGUAUUCAUGUGUCUGUAGGGAAAGACCUGGCUGCUGUCCAGAGGACCCUGAUGGCCCUGGGAAGCAUGGCUGUCACCAGGGACGAUGGGACGUACCGUGGAGACCCCAACUGGUUCCAUAAGUGAGUCAGAACCUCAUUCUGUCCUCUCCGUAGAAACAGUCCUGUCAUUAGACUGAUCUCUUACAGCUCUCUGCAUACUCCCAUUUCUGUAAUAAAGGGAACUGUUUGAUCACAAUAUGAACAGUGACUGUAAAUGUAGUGUGCUGUACAUGACGGUUUCUGUCUACAGGAAAUCUAUGGAGAACAGACGGGAGUUCUCAGAGGACCAGCUGAAUGAAGGCAAGAGCGUCAUCGGCCUGCAGAUGGGCACCAACAAGGGGGCAUCUCAGGCUGGCAUGACUGGGUACGGGCGACCCAGGCAGAUCCUAAACAAUAACCCCUAAAACAUGACAAUGCCCUGUCACCCCACACCUCAGUACAUUCCUCCCUCUCUCUGCCAGUCACUGGAGACAGAAGCUCUCUGUAAACUCAAACAAACAGGAGAGUCUCAACAAACUGGACCAAAAUGGGGACCAUAAAACAUACUUGUACACAAAGCACAGAUACACACACAGAAACCUAGUGACCAAAGUCUGUAAAAUCAUGUUUUUAUUGAAUAUGCCGAAUAGACAUGACUACAUAGGAAAGAAACACAUUCCAUUUAGAUACUGCUUUUAACACUGCACUCUGAUGGUAAUAAGUCUUGAGACAUUUUGCUAGAAUAUGCUGGGUUUGUACUGGGAAAGAUGCAGUAAGAUGCUGUCAAUAAUAAUCAAAUGUUGGGCAACCUUUCAAGAGCUCAGUAUUUUUGUAUGUUGAUAAUUAAUGAUUCUGAAAUAAAGUUCAGUUUAAUUUGAAAAA